AUGGCUACCCCUAGUGUCCUCGCUUUUGACGCUGAGGGUCGAGCCAUUGACUUUGACGUCUGGGUAGAUGACCUGCAGCUGUUUUUACAGUGUGAUCGGGCAGACGGUCUCUCACUCUUUGACCUCACCUCUGGCGCCUCUCCUGCCCCUGCUGCUGAUGCCGGCGCCACUGUUCGCUCCCAGUGGGCCAUGCGCGACGCAGCUCCACGUCUUGCUGUACGUCCCCACCUCCCUACCUCCGAGCUCACUCGCCUCCCUGACUCCCUUCACAUAGUCAGGGACCACUUCCUCUCAGUCUGUCCCACCACACUCACUGUUGACCUCCUCGAGAAGUUCCUCCUAGCGGCCGAGAAGAGCAUAGUCGCUGUAGGGGCCUCUCGUGGUGACCCGCGCACCCCCAUCUUUGAGGGGUGUUCCCCCUCCCCCCUUCUGCCCUCUGUUGCCUCUGCUGUUGCGGCCGACCUCCUUGGUCUUGAGUCGGUCGGUGCGGCGUCUGCCCCUGGUGGGAGACGCCGCUCUGGCAAGGGCAAGGGGGGCAGGGGCACUGGAGGGGCGAGUGGGGGCGGUGGAGGUGGAGGUGGAGGCGGCGGGGGGAGUGGGGGUGGCGGUGGGAGUGGUGGUGGGGGUGGAGGUGUCGGUGGCGGGAGUGGAGGCGGAGGCCGCGGCGGCGGUGGCGGUGGGAGCGGAGGUGGCGGAGGUGGCGGCGGUGGAGGAGGCGGCGGAGGCGGCGGGGGUGGCGGUGGAGCUGGUCGCGGGUCUACGCAGAGGAGUGGCUCCGGUGGUGGUCCGCGCCAGCAGCAGCAGCGUGGUCGUGAGACCCUGUCCCCUCAGCAGCUCCGUGAGUGGUACACUGCACGCCAGCGGGGUGGGGGUUUUGGUCCGUGCACCUACGUCCUGCACACCAGCGACCGUGCGGGUGAGCAGUGUGGGGGUGCGCACCCCAGCCAGCGCUGCUUUGGCCGCCUGACGGACGCGUGGCGUCACCAGUUCCUGGAGGCCACAGAGAUCCCUCACUGGGGCGAGCUGUCUAGGGCGGGUGUUGCCGUCUAUGAUCUUGAUUUUGAUGCUAUUCUUUCUGCCAUGUAUGUUGUGUCUAUUAGUGAUGAGGGUGGCUGUUACUGGUGUUUCCCGCCCGAUCCGGGCAUUGAGACUGCUGCUCUAGGUACUGGUGAGGCGGCUGCCCUAGGUGCUUGCGACGCUGCUGCUCUAGGUGCUAGUGCGUCUGCGUCCUCAGGUACUGGUGAGUCUGCGCUCUCAGGUACUACGUCGGCUUCGGCCUCCCUCACCUUCACCCUUGACUCUGGGGCUUCUCGCUCCUUCUUGUGGGACCAUACCACACUCACGCCGCUUAGUCGGCCGGUUGCGGUGUCUUUCGCUGACCCCUCUGGGGGUCCUGUCCUGUCUCACUUCUCCACAGUCCUCUUGUGUCCGGCGGCUCCCUCUGGCACCCUGUCUGGUCUCUACCUCCCCUCGUUCUCUACAAACCUGGUGAGUGGUGCUGACCUACAAGAUGGGGGAGUACACCAAUUCACUCCUGCGCGUCAGCGGGUGACGCACUGCAUAGAGGCUAGCACAUGCAGACACCUGGCUACGUUGACCCGUCAGCCGGGGUCGAGCCUGUACACACUGACCACUGCGUCUCCUCCAGUUGUUGAGUCUGGUAGGGUCGCUGCGUCGGGUCGGGUGUUUGCUGGAGCGUCCAGGUCUGGUCCCGAGUCUGCCCCCUGUUCGUGUCGUCUCCUCUCUCACGAGACUCUCCUCUGGCACCACCGCCUUGGUCACCCCUCUCUGCUUCGGCUCAGAGGCAUGGCCUCCCGUCUUCUUGUUUCUGGUCUCCCUCGGUCCCUCCCUCCCCUUCAUCAGGGCCCUGGCCCUACCUGUGUCCCCUGUGUCGAGGGGCGCCAGCGGGCUGCCCCUCACUCCUCUCAGUUUCCUCCGACAGAGGCCCCGUUGCAGACGCUUCACAUGGACGUGUCGGGCCCAGCCCGCGUUCGUGGUCAGGGUCACGAGCGCUACUUCCUGCUCGUUGUUGACGACUACUCGCGUUAUACCGCAGUCUUCCCCUUGCGCAGCAAGGGUGAUGUCACUGAGGUGCUGAUUGUCUGGAUCCGCGCAGCUCGUCUCCAGCUCAGGCAGAGCUUUGGCUCGGACUUUCCUGUUCUGUGUCUGCACUCGGACAGAGGCGGAGAGUUUUCUUCUGGCCUUGUGAGAGCCUACUGUCGCGCACGAGGAAUCCGUCAGACCUUCACGCUUCCGGACUCCCCGCAGCAAAAUGGGAUUACUGAGCGCCGCAUUGGCAUGGUCAUGGACGUCGCUCGUACGUCUAUGAUGCAUGCGGCUGCUCCCCAUUUUCUGUGGCCGUUUGCGGUGAGGUACGCGGCGCAUCAGAUCAACCUACACCCCAGAGUCUCCAGGCCGGAGACCUCCCCAACCUUGCUGUGGACGGGGAAGGUUGGCGAUGUGUCGGCGUUCCGGGUCUGGGGAUCUCGGGCGUUUGUCCGCGACUUGUCUGCGGACAAGCUGUCCCCUCGUGCUGCUCCUUGCGUCUUCCUGGAGUUCCCCCCUGACGCGCCAGGGUGGCAGUUCUACCACCCCACCUCUCGCCGUGUUCUGUCCUCCCAGGACGUCACGUUUGACGAGUCGGUCCCCUACUACCGCCUCUUCCCCUACCGCACUCCGUCCCUCCCCCCGCCGCCGCUCUUCCUUGUACCAGGUCCCCCUCCAGUAGACCCCCUCCCCCCCCAGGGUCCGUCCCCUUCAGGUGUGUCCCAGGUAGACGCAGUCAAGCCUGUCGAGGUCAUUGGUGACUCUGGUGCUGCUGAGGGUGCUGAGCCUGGGGGUGCUGACUCUGGGGGUGCUGAGCCUGGGGGUGCUGAGCCUGGGGGUGCUGCGACUGGGGGUGCUGAGCCUGGGGGAGCUGAGCCUGGGGGUGCUGCGCCUGGGGGUGCUGAGCUUGGGGGUGCUGAGCCUGGGUGUGCUGAGACUAGGGGUGCUGAGCCUGGGGGUGCUGAGUCUGGGGGUGCUGCACCUGCGGGUGCUGAGCCUGGGGGUGCUGAGCCUGGGGGUGCUGAUCCUAGGUGUGCUGAGCUUGGGGGUACUGAGCUUGGAGGUGCUCCGCCUGGAGGUUCUCCAGGUGCUUCGUCUCUGCAGGAGCUACUUUCUCCACGGGAGCUGCGCGAGUGGUUUGCCCGGCGCUGGAGGCAUGCUACUGGUGCUGGAGGUUCUUCGGCUACUGAGGGUGCUGCUGUUGCGGGUCCCGGAGGUUCUCGUACUGGGAGUACUGGAGCUGCUGGGCCUGCGGGUUUGACUGUUGAGGGUGCUGCUGAGGGUGUUGGUACUGAGACUACUGCUGGCGGUCCUGCUGCGGGUACUCCUGGUACUACUGGAGGUUCUGGCGCUGCUAGAGGUGCAGCUGGAGCGGGUGCUCCUUCUGGGGGUACUGGUGUUGUACCUGUUGUGUCUGGCGUCGCCGCGCGGCCUCGACCGUACUUCGUUCCACUCCUACAGCAGCGUCGUGAGCGUGCGUCUCGCCCUGCGUUGCCUGUCCGUGCUGCUCCCGCUAGUGGUCGUGGUUCGCGUCAGCGUCCUCCUCCUGUCCCUGGCACGCACACGAUGUCUUUGUGUCCGUCCAGUGCUCCUUUGCACGCCCCUUUGCCUUCUCCUCCUGAGUCCUCUCUUCCUGCUUUUGCCGACCCGGAGUCGGACUCUCUUCGUGCUGCCAGUCCUACUGUCACGCGUCUCCUGGCUAUUGUUGUCACUGACCCUUCUUUCGAGUCCACUGCUGCGUCUGCCCUAGUUACUGAGCUCGUCGACUUUGCUGCUCGCUGUCGCCUAGACUACGCUGCUAGUCUUGUCGCUGAGUCUGAGUCUGUCCGUCCUCCGUCCGUCGGGGGUGAGUGUGCCCUUGGCACGGACGUCCUUGAGGACAGGCAGGAGGAGUUCCAGUGCUUGGCCGCUGCUUCACCUCAUCUCGUGUCCGUACUGCUUACCCCUGAGGGAGACCCGGAUGCACUUGACAUCCCGACUCUGGGCUCUUACGCGGAGGCGAUAGAGGGUCCCUACUCUUCUCAGUGGCAGGCAGCUAUGGAUGCAGAGAUGGCUUCCUGGAAGUCCACAGGCACCUACGUUGACGCUGUCCCCCCUCCUGGGGCGAACAUCGUCAGUGGCAUGUGGAUCUUCAAGGUGAAGGAGCCACCGGGUUCUCCGCCUGUCUUCAAGGCGCGUUACGUGGCUCGUGGCUUCAGUCAGCGGCAGGGAGUUGACUACUUUCAGACCUUCUCUCCCACCCCGAAGAUGACCACUCUACGGGUACUACUGCACGUUGCUGCUCACCGUGACUACGAGCUGCACUCUCUCGACUUCAGCACAGCUUUCUUGCAGGGCAGCCUGCACGAGGAGAUCUGGCUGCGCCGCCCACCUGGCUUCACUGGGUCUUUCCCUCCUGGUACCCAGUGGAGUCUCCGGCGUCCAGUCUACGGUCUCCGCCAGGCGCCACGUGAGUGGCACGACACACUGAGGACUACGCUUGCGGCUCUUGGGUUUGCUCCUUCUACUGCCGACCCGUCGCUGUUUCUGCGCACCGACACUUCUCUGCCGCCGUUCUACAUCCUUGUGUACGUCGACGACUUGGUCUUUGCCACAGCUGACACUGCUGGACUCGCCUACUCACACAUGGUGCAGCAGGUCCUUCAGCGCUUCGGCUUCACGUACUCCUCGCCUCAGGCCACUCCUCUACCUACUAGCCACUCGCUCUCAGCUCUGCCUUCGGAUGAGUCCAUAGAGUCGAGUGGUCCGUAUGCAGAGCUUGUUGGCUGCCUCAUGAACCUGAUGACCUGCACACGACCUGACCUCGCAUACCCUCUUAGCAUUCUCGCACGCUAUGUUGCUCCUGGGAGACACCGACCAGAGCACAUGGCUGCAGCGAAGAGGGUGUUGCGCUAUUUGUGCAGUACGUCGGGCAUGGGGCUAGUGCUUGGAGGGCGGAGUCCAGUAGUCCUCACUGGGCACGCGGGCGCUUCUUGGGCUGACGACCAGGCUACGCAGCGGUCGUCACAGGGUUACACCUUCAGCCUUGGUUCCGGCUCUGUUUCGUGGCGGGCUACUCGCUCGUCUUCUGUUCUCGGCUCCAGUUGUGAGGCUGAGAUCUACGCCGGGGCCAUGGCUGCACAGGAGCUUCGCUGGCUCACCUACCUGCUGACCAACCUUGGAGAGUCGCCUCGUUCUCCUCUAGUCCUGUACGUAGACAACAAGGCCAUACUGGCCUUGUGUCGAGAGCAGAGACUGGAGCACAGAGCAAAGCACAUUGCUCUUUGCUACUUUCUUGCUCGUGAGCUACAGCUGCGUGGUCAGUUGCGGCUUGCGUACGUGGCCUCUGAGGUCAACACUGCUGAUGUCUUCACCAAGGCACUUGCGCCUUGUGAUCAUCAGCGCUUCUGCACGCAGCUGGGUCUUGUGCCUGUCUUGCCUCACUUGCUCACCUCUUGA